CACGCAAGCCUCCUCUCUCUCUCUCUCUCUCUCUCUCUCUCUCCUCUAAACGCCAAUCUCUCUCUCUCUCUCUCACGAGUCAUCAGUUGCCAAUUGACUAGGAUGUAGAUCAGGUUUCAAACCAAAGCUUCAAAAUGGCUGUAACCCGUUGAAAUCCCCCCCCAAAAUGUCAGUUACGGAGCUGAAAGAGCGCCUCGUGGCUUCUACGGAUACCGUAAAUUCCCUCAGAGAACGCUUGAAGCAGAAGCGUCUUCUUCUUCUCGACACAGAUGUGGCGGGGUACGCAAGGUCCCAAGGGAGGACUCCGGUUUGUUUCGGCCCGACGGAUCUGGUCUGUUGUAGGACACUGCAGGGUCAUACCGGUAAGGUUUAUUCGCUAGACUGGACUCUGGAAAAGAAUCACGUUGUCAGUGCAUCUCAAGAUGGGAAGCUAAUAGUGUGGAAUGCUCUCACAAGCCAGAAAACUCACGCCAUAAAGUUACCUUGUGCUUGGGUCAUGACAUGUGCCUUCUCUCCAACUGGUCAAUCUGUUGCGUGUGGUGGGCUUGACAGCGUAUGCUCCAUCUUCAACCUGAAUUCUCCGACUGACAGAGACGGGAAUAUACCUGUAUCAAGAACGCUUAGUGGGCAUAAGGGUUAUGUUUCUUGUUGCCAAUAUGUUCCGGAUGAAGAGAUUCACCUAAUAACAAGUUCGGGUGAUCAGACUUGUGUUUUAUGGGACAUAACUACGGGCCAGAGAACUUCUGUUUUUGGAGGCGAAUUCCAGUGCGGACACACUGCUGAUGUGCUGAGUGUCUCGAUUAAUGGAUCAAACUCAAGAACGUUUCUGUCUGGUUCGUGUGAUGCAACUGCCCGAUUGUGGGACACUCGUGUUGCUAGUCGAGCGGUCCGGACAUUUCAUGGUCAUGAAGGAGAUGUCAAUGCCGUGAAGUUCUUCCCAGAUGGGAAUAGAUUCGGAACUGGUUCAGAUGAUGGGACUUGCAGGUUAUUUGAUAUUAGGACUGGGCACCAGCUCCAAGUAUACUCUCAACAGAAUGGUGAUAACGAUGACCGGCAUGUCACUUCCAUUGCUUUCUCCACAUCAGGAAGGCUCCUCUUUGCUGGGUACUCUAACGGAGAUUGCUAUGUAUGGGACACUUUACUGGCGAGGGUGGUGUUGAACUUGGGAUCUCUUCAAAACUCACACGAGGGUCGGAUCAGCUGUUUGGGCUUGUCGUCUGAUGGGAGUGCCUUGUGUACAGGAAGUUGGGAUACAAAUCUGAAGGUGAGCCUGAUUCCUACCACGGCCUAUUAUAGCUUGCUUGUUGUUUUAUCAUUCCAGAUUUGGGCCUUUGGCGGGCAUCGAAAAGUGGUCUGAGUAGUUGGGAUAUGUAGUUCAUCCGAGCCGGAUGUCUUCACAUUACUGGACUAUGGCAGCGGUACUUUGUUUCAAAAAAUAUUUAGUCCCUCUACUGUUUGUUCUUGCACUGCCAUGUAUAGUCUUUGGGAAUUUGAAUUAGAUAAGCCAUUUGUUUCUUUUCAACUUUUUGCUCUCAAAACUUCCCUUGUCAUUAUUCCUCAUCUGUUUAUCUCAGCUAACAAUCUUAUAUUACUUA